AUGGCUCCUACCAUCACCACCGACCAGUUCUUGGCUGCUGCCAAGUUUAGACGUACUGUCUACGGCCUCAAGGCCUCUUCUCCUGUCCCCGACAGCCGCAUUGAGGAGAUCCUGAAGGAGGUUCUCUCCUUUGCUCCCUCGUCGUACAACACACAGUCCGCCCGCUUCACCCUUGUGCUCGGCGAGAAGCACAAGCAGUUCUGGGACAUCGUCAUCAAGGAGUCCGAGGGCAUCCUCAAGAGCGUCGGUGCUUGGGAUGCCAUGUACCCCCGAUUCCAGGCUUUCCAGAAUGCCUACGGUUCGGUCGUCUUCUGGGAGGCCGGCAGCACCAUCCAGCAGGCCCAAGAGACACACAAGGCCUCUGCCCACAUGUUCCCCGAAUGGUCUGAGCACGCCAGCGGCAUUCACCAAAUCCUCGUCUGGACUGCCCUGGAGCUCGAGGGCUUUGGCGCCAACCUGCAGCACAUGAACGCCAUUCCCCCAGUCGAGGCCGCCCUCAAGAAGUUCCUUGCCGUCCCCGAGGACUGGAAGCUCAAGGCGCACCUCAACUUUGGCGAGGAGGCCCAGCCUCACCCCGAGAUUCCCUCCAAGCUGCCUACCAGCGAGACCCUUACCAUUGUCAAAUAA